CGAAGCUCUCUCCUGAUUGGUUGUUUUCUAAAAAUCCGCCUUAUUCAAACUUCCGCCGUGCUGUGUGUAUUGUCAUCAAUCCUUUACUUUCUGGACGGGUUUUAGACGGCUAAGCUUUAAUUUUCACAUAAUUUGGACAUUAUAACAUUUCUGUGUAGAGGAUUUUAAGGUGAAGAGCUCCAUAAAAUGGAAGAGAAUGAGGAAUUUGGCGGAAGAACCACGGAAAAUGUGAAGCAGAAGCUUCGUAGGCUUUCAUCGAGAACCUCCAUUGCCAGUGUCAUCCUCAGCGCUGGAGAGCCUUCCCCUCGCAUUCUGCGGAGAAACAACUCAAAGAAACCUCCUCUGCAGAGAGGCAGCUCCUUCACAUUCCUGACUCCAGGAACUCCAUGGGACUUCAGCUUAAAAAGGAAGCGGAAAGAAAAAGAGGAUGACACAAUCAGUCUAUCCAGCUUCGACCUCAAGGAGCCCAGUAACAAGCGCGUCAGACCGCUGGCCAAAGUUUCGUCCCUCGUCAACCUGAUGUCGCCUUCAAAAAACGGAGCUGUGCGGCGCUUUGGCCAAACGAUCCAGUCAAUGUCUCUACGUGGCGACAACAAGUCGCCGGCGACGUCUCUCAGGGCUGGCAGCAAGGCUGCAGGUCCAACCCCCACUAAGCGCAGGAACAGCACGCUGUGGUCGGAGACGCUGGACGUUCAUCAGAAGAGCACCUUCUCUGCUAAAGAGAUCAAAAGACAAGAGGCGAUUUAUGAACUUUUCAGAGGGGAGCAAGAUCUCAUUGAGGAUCUUCAACUUGCCCGAAAGGCGUACCACGACCCGAUGCUGAAGCUCGCCAUCAUGACAGAGGAGGAGCUGGCUCAUAUCUUUGGUGACCUGGAUGCUUACAUCCCCCUACACGAGUACUUACUGAUGAAGCUGACGGAGGGAACUGGACCUGAUGGAACAAUAUCCCAGAUUGGACACAUAGUAAUAGACUGGCUCCCUGGUCUGAAUGCUUACAAGAACUACUGCAGCAACCAGCUGGCAGCCAAAGCCCUGCUGGACCAGAAGAAACAGGACAAGCGGGUGCAGGACUUUCUGCAGCGCUGCCUGGAGUCACCCUUCAGCAGGAAGCUGGACCUGUGGAGCUUCCUGGACAUCCCGCGCUCACGCCUGGUGAAAUACCCCCUGCUGCUGAGGGAGAUCCUCAGACACACACCUCCUGACCACCCCGAUGGAACCAAGCUGGAGCGAGCUAUCACCAUAAUCCAGGAGAUUCUGUCGGACAUCAACGUGAGAAAAGGUGAAUCAGAGUGUCAGUACUACAUAGACAAGCUGGAGUUUCUGGAUGAGAAGCAGCGGGACCCGCUGUUGGACAAAUGUAAGACCCUUCUAUGUCACGGCGAGCUGCGCACUAAAAGUGGUUCGAGGCUACACGUCUUUCUGUUCUCCGAGCUGCUGGUGCUGACCCGACCGGUGACACGUAACGAUAGGAGCUGCUUCCAGGUGUACCGACAGCCCAUCCCCGUGAGAGACCUGUCCCUGGAGGACCUUCAGGACGGAGAGAUCCGCAUGGGGGGGUCCUUCAGGGGGGCUUUCACCAACGGAGAGAAAGCCAAGAAUGUUUUCCGUGUGAGCUCUGUGGACCCGUCCAGUGGUCAGUCCCACACCCUGAAUGUCAGCGACGUCUACCACAAGCAGCAGUGGCUAAACUGUUUGCGCACCGCCAUGGCCCAACAGCAGGGGGCUGCCACUGGAGCUCAGCAGGAGCUAUCCACCAGUGCUAAACAACACUCCUCCUCCAGCUUAGCAAAGAUCUGUUGUGAUGGAGAAGGAGAUGAGAACUGUCCACAUGUCUCCAGCCCUAAACUCAGGGCUCAGACGCUGUCCAAAACCAGACUGGACCAGAAGUUACAAGGAUCACAAAAGAGGGAGGAAACAGGUGUGUAGAUGCAGAACUGAGGCUCUUCUCCGACGGACACGUCCUUAUUCUGUGUCCUGUUGAUCAUGUUUGUUACUCCGCUCUUUUAUCCUGAUGUUUACCUUUUUUUAGCUGCACUGAAACCCCCACACCCCCACCCCACCCCAAUAACGUCCGUCCAAACCUGUGUAUUAACUUCUUUUUCAGUUUGUGGAAUUGGUUUACAGAAGGCGAUGAGAGUCGUCGUGUAAAGCAGCUAAAUGCCUGUGAAAUGUAGACUUUUUUCUGUUUGUAUUUAAACCGUCUCAGUAACAUGUAAAGCUGUCCGUCGAGGGCCAGGAUAAGAGAUGAGGAAACUUGUUUACAGGAAGUUAUCACGUGACACCAAGUCUAAAAGUAAUGAUUUGAUGCAGGAUAAUGAUCAAACCGUCAGCAGAACCACUGACCACAAACACAGCAAGAUAAGAACAUUUCUGGGGAACAAAAUUAAAAAAUCAAUGUAUUCAGUGGAAAUUGAAGAAAAAAUAUAAGUAAACAUUUUUGUUUGCA